CAGCUGUGACUACAAUAAAACAAGUUCUUUGUUAUUAUUGCUGUGUUCAAUAUAAUGUAAAUACAAAAGAAUAAAUAUUUUGAACUAUGAUAUAAAAAAUUGCAUAUCAAAAUGUAUUGUCCAAGUGUUUCAGCAAUAAUAAUUUUAUUCUUAACGGAUAUAUCUCGCGGAUUGGCGGAAAAUAUAUGCCAAAAAUAUUUACGAGAGUUAGCCCAAAAACAGAGUGAAUUUGUGCAGUGUUCUACACUACAUUCGGUGCCAGUGAGCCUUUGUGUGGGAUGUGAGGAGCCAUUUACUGAGAUGCAUGUGGCUUACAUCACCUUGCGUCAGGAGCAGAAUUGUACAGAUAAAUUUUUUGAUAAAGAUCGUAUAAAUAUAGUUUCAACAACACAAUCAAUACUCGUCGGUAUAUGGAGGAAAGCGUUCUGUGAUGAUUGCUUUACCAGUAAUAAUUCAUACGUGUUCGAUUUAAAGCGAACUGCUUUUGAUGAUUGUAUAACAAACCACAAAAAUAGAGAAUGUGCGUCGUGCUUAUCCCAAUACAUGGACUUGAACGGAUUUUAUCUUGAUUUGGAUAAAAAUAACAAAGGACGAGUUUGUUAUGACAUGCAAGACUCGAUGAAUCGGACAAGAGAAGAAUGGUCUAAAGAUCUGGGUUGCUGUCAUCGUGAAUUUAAUAUUUUAUUAUUUGCUGUUGUUAGCUGUAUCGUUGGGACGUUGCCAUUAAUAUUUUAUGGUACAAUGUAUGCGAUAACAAAACGACAGGAGCGUAAUCACAUUCUAAUUGAAGACACUUAUCAAAAUGGAACUUCAACUUCUAACAAUGCAAGCAGUUCAAUUCCUAAUUUACUGAACACAACAACAGAAGCUGCACGUCCUCAUGUACCUCUCUAAAAGAAUAACACCCGCUAGUAGCAGGCUAUUUGUACAAUUUCGAAAUAUCAUAUUAUAAACUACUAAUUAUAAUUUGUAAUUAUUAUUUCUAAUAUUUGAGAUACUAUAAUAAGAAUGUAUAUAAUACUAUAGCAAAUAUAUGUACAAGUAUAUAUUUUGUAUUAAACAAAUAAAUUUUUAAAUGCGUAUAAUGACUA